GCUCUUUGGAGACAUUGCUUUCAGAUCUUAGUACAGGGUGUGGGAUAGAAAACCAAAUUGGCUGCUUCAUGGGGCAGUCUCACAGCUGGACUGGGUGUUGGCGGCAGGAAGCAGAAAAUGAGGACGCAGCUCCACAGUGCAAAAUACGUUGAGCACCCUGUAGCUGCUGUGCAGUUGCUCUGAGUCAGCAGCGACCCGGAACGCGUGACCUUUGAAUUGCAUGCCAACAAGAUGCAUUGCCUCCUCUGCGGCGACCUGUCGGAAGAAUGGCAACCAGCUCCGCCACAAGCUUCAACCUUCGAGGCCCUGACUGGAAAAGACGGAAAAGGCUUGGGCCUGGAAGCUCCUUUGAUGUGGAGACACUACUGGGCAGACGGGUCCAAGAUCCUCCGGACUGAACUUCGUACAGAGGCUCCUGGAAAUGGAGAACGGGCAAUCCUCAGAAUAGACAGGCAACUUGUCUCAGGCGGUAAUUUGUCGACCAAGACACAGCUGGUGCAAGGUGAUGCCUUGAUGGAACUUGCAGAGUUGACAUGGCGAAGAUUGCCUGUGGAAGAAGCAGGGGAAGGCCCUGCGCCAGUGGCAUUCCUUCGUGGACAUGGUCUGCCCUUAGCUUCAACGGAGGACCGCAUGAAAGCCCUGGACAAGGUGGAAGAGUUGCUAGCUGACUCCGACAUGAUCAGCAAAGCGCAGGAGAUGGACCGAGUGGUGCCUCAAAAUUGGACUGGCUCUGGGCAGAUGAUCCGCGGCGGCAUCGCUUUCUACAAGGGGCUACUGCCAGAGUGGACCAAGCCGGAGCCUGUGCCGGACCUGAACCCUCCCAUUGUCCAAGCUGGUGUCGAGGCCAGAUACGAAAUCCACAACGAGCCGAAAGGCGUUUGCAUCAAUAUUGCUCCAUGGAAUGCUCCAGCGACAUUGAGCUUUGGACCAACAGUUUCAAUGCUGGCUGCUGGAAAUCAUGUAGUCAUCAAGCCGCCUGAUAUGGUUCCCAAUGUCUCUGCGGCCAUCCGACGACUCUGUCAAAAGUAUUUACAUGGCUAUGUUUGGGUAGAGGAAGGUGGAAAGGAGGUGGUUGAACGCCUCAUUGAUGAAGGAGCGGAUCACUUGGAAUUUACCGGCGGUGGUGAAAUUGCGAAGGUUGUGGCUGCCCGGUGUGCCCAGACCUUGACGCCUCUGACCUUGGAACUUGGUGGAAAGAGCCCUGCCUUUGUGGAUGACGGGCUGGAUUUAGAUGCUUUGCGCAGCGUUGCCAAAGAGAUUAUGGAAACAAAGGUGUUCAAAACUGGUCAAUUUUGCUGCGCUCAUGACUAUGCGCUCGUCCACAAGUCUGUCUUUAAUGAGUUUUGUUCCAUUUUCGAGGAGGUGGUUAAAGACCUGGGGUCAAGGCGACAAGUUCGGCUUAUUGGCCGAAAGCAAUACGAAUCCGUGAAGUUUCUUCUGAAGGAUGCAGACGUCCAAUGCAUACCCACCAUGGACGGUGAGUUCCAGCUGAAUGAUGAGGACAUGUCAGUGCCUAUGACCGGCCUCCUGUCUCCAUCGUUUGACCGCGCUGUACUGAAGCGCGAGAUUUUUGGCCCCAUCAUUCCAAUUCUGGCUGUGAGCAGCGUGGAUGAGGCUAUUGGAAUCAUCAACCGUGUCGGGCCGAAGCCGCUGAUUGCAUACUGCUACACGAAGGGAGAAGCGGCUGAGAAAUCCUUUGUGAGUGGUGUUCCUGCGGGAAACAUUGCGGUCAAUGGUGGCCCACAGCGCAUGAUCGGGAACUACGCCGUGAGCUUCGGUGGAACAGGGCCAAGUGGAACAGGUGCUGGAUUUUGGGGCAAAGAUGCCCUCCGCGAGUUUUCGAACCGCAAGUGUGUCAUGAGUGCGAAGGAUGGCUUUGCCAGGUCCUUCUUCUCGGGACUACCAUGACGGAUCCAAUGUUUGCAGCUAAGCCUGCUGAGUUAUCGAUUUUCACUUCCCCCCACCUGCGAGACGCACAAGGAACGUUUUAAGGUGGGACGGGACACGCGAUGGACAGCAAUUAGAGUAAUAGACUACAGGUCCGAGCAGCUUUCUGCU